AUGGACAUCUUCAGAGACAGAAAGAAAGGGAAGUUAGUCUUAUCUCAGAAGGACUAUCUAAGCAAAGUGAUCAAGACCUUUGGUAUGUGUGAUGCAAAAACAGUUCAAACACCAGUUGGGUCUCAGUUUAAACUACAUGCACUAACAGAGGAUCAACCAGCAGCACAAUCAAAGUUUAUGGAUGAUAUACCUUACUCAAGCGCAGUCGGAAGUCUCAUGUACGCGAUGGUUGGUUUGAGACCUGAUCUAGCUUAUGUAGUUGGUCUUGUGAGCAGGUAUAUGGGAAAUCCAAGAAGAGAUCAUUGGAAAGUUGUUCAGUUGAUUCUGAGAUACGUCAAGGGAGCUGCAAACACCUAUUUAACAUUCACAAAAGAGUCAGACUUCAAGGUUAAAGGUUAUUGCGACUCAGAUUAUGCGGCUGAUAGAGAUAAAAGCAGAUCGAUUUCAGAGGCAGAGUACAUGUCACUAUCAGAGGCAGUCAGAGAAGCGAUUUGGCUAAAAGGAGUCUGUGAGGAAUGGGGUUUCAAGCAAAAUGCAGUUGAGGUUCACUGCGAUUCUCAGAGUGCGAUAUACUUGGCGAAGAACAAUAUGUUUCAUGAAAGGACUAAGCACGUCGCUACUAAAGUUCAUUUCAUCAGAGAUAUAAUCGCACAAAGAGAUCUAAAGGUAAUGAAGAUUCACACUUCAAAGAAUCCGGCAGACAUGUUGACGAAGGUGUUACCUGGGAACAAGUUUGAGGAUUGCUUGAAGACGUUGAAGGAACAUGGUGGAGCAGUUUUCGGGACUAAGGUUGAAGAUUGCGGUUGUCAAUUUCUGGUGAAGCAAGAGAUUGAGGUUCCAGGAUCGGGAUUUGGGAUUCGACCGUUGUGA